AUGCCAGGUUCAGAUCGUAGCAGCUUCACGACGGGCUCCCAAGCCUUGUCCGUUCCUGGCAGCUUGGGCACUGUGCGCGGCAAUGGAUUCCUGAAUCGGCUAGAGAAGAAAUACAAAACGCCGUUUUUUUCGCUUUUGGUUACCCUCGUGAAAGGCGGGGAACACAAUGUUACCGCUCUUAUAAUGAUGAUCGCCGAAUGGCUCCAGCUACUGGACUUCGCCUUUGACCAGUUCAAAUGGGGCGCAGGGAUCGGAAAGACAUGGCAGAAUAUUCUGUCCGUUUUGCAGUUCGAAAAUCUCAUUAUCCACUCGAUAACUUGGGAGGUAAAGCGAUUAAAGCGGGAGAAACGAGACUUCGUUGGGAGGGGUGAAUUUGGCUUGAUCGUCCUUAUUUCUGUGGUCCUCUUCCUAAUAGCGCUGUUGAUCGGCUUGGCGUACUAUGUAUUUCGGGGAUUCUUCCAAGGAUCCUUCAAGGCGGGCAUCGGCCCAGUCCGCUUAUUGCGAGCAGGGGUUUCCGCAUUGCGUGGGUUCAUCCGUAAGAAGACGUCUAUGGUUACCGUCGGGUUCAUCCCGAUGUAUGUCCCACUCCUAGCCGUGUUCAACUGUCGACAUACACAUGAAGUAAUGGACGAUUAUCCACCAUGCACCUCGAGUAUAAAUAUUGUCUAUAUGGUCCUCGCGUCUAUCGGCAUCGUCAUUCUCCUCCCUUUUACUGCUCUCGCAACCAUGACAUAUUUCUGUCCCAACUCAGAACUUUUCGAGCUUCUGGGGAAGAUUGUCUUGUCGAGCGCUCUCCAUUUUUUGGUGGACUAUCCAGUUAUCCGCGCUAUCUUGUACUUUGUAUUCGUCACCACCCUCACCUCGCUCGUCUUCAUCCACCUGCCGUAUUACAACAUGAAAAUGAACUUCCUCAAGUUUGUCCUGAGCUUCGAGUUGAUGUGGUCGGGAGCAUGCUUACUGGUUGUCGCUGCCAGAGACAAUGACGUUGAUGGCAGAAGUGCCAUGAUCGCAUUCUUCGCUGGUACACCCGUAGUCGUAGGGUUAGGCUACCUGAUCAUUUGGUUGCGAUGGCGAUCGCUUCAAUCAAUUUUCCCAUCAGCGAGCACAUCGGACGACAAAGGGGCGGAUGAAUUUGUUGGGAAAGAUUUGGAGCAUGCAGGGGAAAAGGCAGACCCGGUUGCAAAACGUCUGAGUACUGUGAGGUUUCGAUGGGCCCAUACCGUCGUCUGCACUACGCGCUUUCUCUCAGUCGAUAGUACUCGAGAGGAAAUCCAUCGCGCGGAGCUUUUGUUUCGACGAGGCAUGGAGCUGUUCCCUCAAGACGUUGAGUUGCUGAUCUCUGCCGCUGUGUUUUUUACGGCGUACCGAGGAGAUUCGGCUAUGGCUAUCAUGCUUUGCCAAAAGGCCUUGAAGCUGAGGCCUGCCCUGGACCUUGAGUUCACGAUCUUCUACCUUCGUCGUGGAGGCAUUAUCGAGGCAGCCGAUGGCAAAACACAUUUAGACUUGGUUGACCAGUUGGAUGUGCGUCAUCUCACAAAGCGGGCGAAACGCUACCACGAUGAGGCCAAGCGGAAAAUUGGUCUUUUCUGGCGGCAGCUUCUGACGAGUCAGCCAGUCCCCGACAAGGUCCGCAUCUUGAACGAUCUGGCCUCGCAGAUCAACCGAGCUGAGCGUCGAGGAGCCUCAACAUACGAACAGCUGAUCAAUCGAUUUCCUGUGGGCCGUCACUGGAUCGCUUAUGCUAACUUCGUGGAGGAAGUGCAAAACGAUACCAGACGCGCGGAUGAAUUGUACACCCAGUACGAAGCCAUUACGGAAGAAUUAAAUGAUGAUGGCGAGGGUCGUAGUUCAUCUGGCGGUGGCAGCUCUGCGCGGCUUGCGAGAAGACCGUCCUCUGUCAGCGGGAAGAUCACUCGUAUCGCUCCGAAAACCAAGAAAGAGCGUAUCGUCGCCAGAGAAUACGGUCGCCAGAUCGCCGCGUUGAAAUCUUCGGCUUUGCAACGGAUGGGUCUCAUCAACAAGUUCCUGAUUAUGGUUUUGAUUGUCGCCGCUAUUGCGGAGUUCAUUUAUCUGAAGCAGAUGACAGGAAUUAUCGCAGGCAAAAUCGACACGGUCUUCCAAAGCGGAUACCGGCGCGAAGCAGCUGUCCUUAUCCCACGAACUAUGCGUGCUAUGCAAGAUUCGGCGCAGCUUGCAAAUGAUACGAGCUUCGCAGAACAAGCGGCAGCCCUGAAAGGCAUUAUAAGCCCUUUGCUGGGCCUCCAAAAUGACCUGUUUUACAACAAAAUGACAGACGAGCAGGCGUUUUCUCCCUUAGAGAUUUUAUUGGCUGAAGCCCACUUUGAACUUAACCUAUCUUCGGCGCGACCCAACGACCGAACUGGAAGCCUAUGCCUCGAUAUAUUCACACGGAGUUACCAUGCCUAUGUACGCUUCCCCGGCGUUGCUGCAUACCCUGGGUGGAUGGUAUUACAUUAUGGCCAAUUCCGCGAUAACGGUAAUGACGAAACACACGAGAAGAUUGGGUCUGCGUUUUCCGAGGCAACUUAUUCCUACGUAGCAUCCGUCGUGUCAUACACGAGAACGUUGGUUUUCAUACAGAUCGUUAUCCUCUCCACGGUCGCCUUUCUCGUAGCCUUUGUGGGUCUGUUCCUAUUCUUCCCAACGAUGCGCAAAGUCCAGGAGGAACGUGUCAAAUCACUCGCCGCGUUCACUAGGAUUCCUCGCGGUGUGGCAGAGACCAUUUACAUGCGGUAUGGGAACUUGAACGGGAACGGAACGGGACCCGAUUCCGGCGACGAAGAGCUAGACGAUUCUGGGGAUGAAGAUGAUCAGGACGAAGAUUUAACCCAGGGCGAUGAGAUCAAGUCCUCACACUCUCAAAUUCAACGCCGUAUGCAGCGCAAAAUUGCGAUAACGCUCCUUGCUCUGGUGGCUAUGUUUGGUGGCUACUUUGCGGGCAUGCAAACCACAUCGAAGCCGCUCGUGGAUGUGACCACGAGAGUCAACCUCGCGAUGCGCAUGAGAUUUGGAGCCAUGCGAGUCGCUUAUCUAUUAGAGGAGAUCAUACGCGGAGACUAUGAGACAUUCACGAACAAAGCCAGUUUGGUUGGCACAAUCAUGUAUGACUUGAGCAUUCAGGAUCAAUAUAGGGCCACUCUGCUGACAGGAACCGCCACUUCCCUUGUAUCGGUCGACUCACCGCUAGAGCCUGCCCUAAGAGAUCAGCUGUUCGACACCAAUCUGGAACACGAGGGCGUCUCCUACUCUUUGGUAGAUGCUCUUUUUGUGUUAAGAGAGAUGACCUCCUCCACUUUGAGCAGAACCACCACGCAGAAUGUCACUCACGCCGAUCCGGAGUUUCAAAGGUCUCUUGCGACGGCGAUGCUGGUCCAGCAAGGGAUGCUGAACGCCGGGCAACGCCUACGAGAGGUUUUCAACGAUUAUGCGGACAGGGCACACCAGGUGGCGGGAGCCAUUCUCGGCACCAUGCUCGUGGUGUUCCUGUAUGUUUAUUUCCGGGUGCUGCGGAAACUAGUGAAAAUGCUGAAUCGCGACCAACGGAGCACGCAAAAGUUACUCUUGAUGAUACCGCCACAAAUUGCGAUCGAUCUGGAGAUCAUUUCGUCGAUCGCCGACAUGGAGAAACAGUCCGCACUCAAGAGGUUCAUGGACCGAGUUUGGUAUAAACAGGCAUCCGCGGAGGGAAAAGAAGCUGAUGAACCUCCGAAGGGCCCAAAUUCUCGCCACAGUCCCCCCGAAAACAGAACAAUAGAGAAAACUAGAUCGUUGUCCGACAUAGGAUCAUUACCAACACAGCGGAAUGGUCGCGCUGCGGACCUGGCAUUGGUGGCAGCAGAAGUCGGACAGCAUAACGGCUUUUCGGACAUCAAGCCAAAACCCCGCGUUGCGCGGAACAGAGGGUCUUCCUUUUCGGGCACGAAGUCUCCUGCCAUGAUACUUCUGUCCGGACAUGCGGAAGAGCAUCCUGACGACUCGGCGGAUGAUUCAGUUAUGGAUUCCCCGGUACUGUUGCGGUCCGAAGUUUCUGGCGAUUUCAAUCAUCGUUCGAGUAGACGACGAUCGUCUUCUAAGCUUGCUCGCAGUGCCAGCGCUACACUGCCUACGAGCAGCGACAUGACGGGUGGAACAGAGAAGGAGAGGCAGCCCGAGUUCUUGACAAGAAGUCCUGACGAAGAAAGCGGGCCAGUUCUGGACCCUUUCACAGGGGCAGAGAUAUCGGAGGCCGAGAUUCGGCCACCAAGCAGGUCUGCUAUGCGCAGCACGCCGACAGGAGGCUUGAGAAAAAGUCAAAGCUGGGCCAGGCAUGAAAUGUGA